AUGGCGGGAAGGUUUGCUAGGACAGAUACUAACAGGAGUCUUGAGACAUUGCUGGAUCUGGACAAAUCAUCAAACAAAACGAAGAAGAUGAUGGGCAAGCUUCCGACCCGGAAAAUGGAGGCGGGUCAUGGGUUGGAGUUCAGUAACCUUUCGUAUAGUGUGAUGAAGAAACAGAAGAAAGAUGGGGUGUGGAUCACUAAAGAAGCUUAUCUUUUGAAUGAUUUGUCUGGUCAAGCCAUGCGAGGUGAAAUUAUGGCCAUCAUGGGCCCUAGUGGAGCAGGAAAAUCGACGUUUUUGGAUGCGUUGGCUGGCCGGAUUGCUCAAGGUAGUCUCGAAGGGUCCGUCCGGAUUGAUGGCAAGCCGGUAACUGCGAGCUACAUGAAGAUGAUAUCAUCAUAUGUUAUGCAAGACGAUCAACUUUUUGCUAUGUUGACGGUUUUCGAGACGUUCAUGUUUGCAGCCGAAGUUCGUCUUCCACCUUCUUUAUCACGGGCCGAAAAGAAAAACCGAGUGGUCGAGCUUCUUGACCAAUUGGGCUUAACCAGCACUGCCCAUACGUAUAUCGGUGAUGAAGGGAGGAGAGGUGUUUCCGGUGGCGAAAGGCGGCGGGUUUCGAUCGGAAUCGACAUAAUUCACAAACCAUCACUUUUGUUUUUAGAUGAACCGACAUCCGGUCUUGAUUCAACUAGUGCGUUUAGUGUUGUUGAAAAAGUGAAAGAUAUCGCCCGUAGUGGAAGCAUUAUUCUUAUGACGAUCCAUCAACCUUCGUUUAGGAUCCAAAUGCUUCUUGACCGAAUCACAGUUCUCGCAAGAGGGAAGUUGAUAUAUUUAGGGAGCCCGAAUGGUUUAUCCGCACAUCUUGAGGGAUUCGAGCGACCUGUCCCGGAAAACGAGAACAAUAUUGAGUAUCUUUUGGAUGUGAUCAAGGAGUAUGACGAGUCCACUAUCGGGCUCGACCCACUCGUGUUCUACCAACGAGACGGGCUCAAGCCCGAUCAAGUAGCCCAAACUCCGGUCCCAAAAACGCCGAGAACACCUCGAACACCAUACGGGAAAACUCCACAAAACCAAAAACACAUACCACUACGUAGCAUGAAUAUUUCGAGUGGCAAUACUACCCCUCGUGGCAAUUCCACUACAUUUGACUAUCAUGAAAACGAGUCUGAUGACGAGUUUGACAAUUCUCGAGAACGUAAAGUCGCACAUACGCCAAUGAGUAUGGUAGGUGGACCGUAUCAUCCACGUUUAGCUUCACAGUUCUACAAAGAUUUUUCAGUCUGGUUGUACCACGGUGUGAAAGGUACUCCACACCGUGCACCAUCAUGGACCCCGGCUAGGGGUACACCUACCCCUGACCAUAGCCACAGCCACAGCCAGAUGACAUCAGUAUCUUCGAGCCUAAACCGCCGCCUCCCCACCAAGGCUACACCGAUUUUCAGCCCGUCUUCUGAUUCUUACGUAUCAUAUGAAAACGUGUUAGAACCGGAGGUCCUUGAUGAACCGGACCUUGGGUCCAAAUUUGCAAACCCGUGGUUACGUGAAGUCAUGGUUCUCUCAUGGCGAACCGCGCUAAAUGUCAUUCGUACACCUGAACUAUUUCUUUCACGUGAGAUCGUUCUAACUGUUAUGGGUCUCAUCUUAGCUUCGCUUUUUGAAAACCUAAGCCAUUAUGACUUCAAAACAAUCAAUCGUCUUCUCAACUUCUACAUCUUUGCGGUUUGUCUGGUUUUCUUUUCAUCAAACGACGCAGUCCCAACUUUCAUCCAAGAACGAUUCAUAUUCAUCCGUGAGACUUCCCACAACGCUUAUCGUGCAUCCUCGUAUGUCAUCUCUUCCCUCAUCGUUUACCUCCCGUUUUUCGCGAUCCAAGGGUUCACCUUCGCCGCCAUCACCCAGUUCAUCCUCCGGCUAAACAGUAACUUGUUCCACUUUUGGGUUAUUCUUUACUCAUCGCUCAUCACCACAAACGCUUACGUGAUGCUCGUGAGCGCUCUAGUUCCGAGUUACAUCACCGGCUACGCGGUGGUCAUAGCCACCACUGCUCUGUUUUUCUUGACUUGUGGGUUCUUCUUGAAGGCCUCUCACAUCCCCCCUUACUGGAUCUGGCUGCACUAUAUAUCUGCGAUCAAGUACCCUUUUGAGGCGUUGUUGGUGAACGAGUUUCAAGGCAGCCGAUGUUACACCGGAAACUUCUCCGAGUUAUCGCCGGGUCCUCUUGGCGAAGUGAAGAUAAGCCAGGCUCAUAAGAACGACCCCACAAAGCAAGGGCUUGAUUGUUUGUUGAUUGGAGAAGACGUGUUGAAAUCGAUGGAUAUAAAACUGGAGAACGUGUGGUAUGAUAUUGGGAUUUUGUUGGCUUGGGGAGUUUUGUAUCGUUUGUUGUUCUAUGUCGUUCUGAGAUUUUAUUCCAAGAACGAAAGAAAAUGA